AAUUGACCAAGCACAAGCACAAACAUUUUGACACAUAAAAAUGAUGUCCUUGGCCAACCUCUUGUUGUCCAUCCAACUCCUCUUGAUCUCCUUCUUUCUCAUUUCCUCCCAAGCAGCCGUCUUUGAAAUCCGCAAUGAGUGUCCUUACACUGUCUGGGCAGCAGCCAGCCCCGGCGGCGGUCGCCGCCUAGACCGUGGCCAAAGCUGGACCCUCAAUGUGGCGGCCGGCACUGCCAUGGCACGUAUUUGGGGCAGAACAAAGUGUAACUUUGAUGCUGGCGGCCGUGGCCGUUGCGAGACCGGUGACUGUGGAGCCCUAGAGUGCAAAGGCUGGGGUGUCCCUCCUAACACCCUCGCUGAAUACGCCCUAAACCAAUUUGGUAACAAGGAUUUCAUUGACAUCUCCCUAGUGGACGGGUUCAACAUCCCCAUGGACUUUAGCCCAACUUCUGGAGGGUGCCGAGGAAUUAAGUGCACUGCUGACAUCAACGGGCAGUGCCCCGGGGAGUUGAGGGCCCCAGGUGGGUGCAAUAACCCGUGUACAGUUUUCAAGACCAAUGAAUAUUGCUGCACUCAAGGGCAAGGAACCUGUGGACCAACCAAUUUCUCAAAGUUCUUCAAGGCUAGGUGCCCAGAUGCUUAUAGUUUCCCUCAGGAUGAUCCGACAAGCACAUUUACAUGCCCUGGUGGGACUAAUUAUAGGGUUGUGUUUUCAGCCGUCUUUGAAAUCCGCAAUGAGUGUCCUUACACUGUCUGGGCAGCAGCCAGCCCCGGCGGCGGUCGCCGCCUAGACCGUGGCCAAAGCUGGACCCUCAAUGUGGCGGCCGGCACUGCCAUGGCACGGAUUUGGGGCAGAACAAAGUGUAACUUUGAUGCUGGCGGCCGUGGCCGUUGCGAGACCGGUGACUGUGGAGCCCUAGAGUGCAAAGGCUGGGGUGUCCCUCCUAACACCCUCGCUGAAUACGCCCUAAACCAAUUUGGUAACAAGGAUUUCAUUGACAUCUCCCUAGUGGACGGGUUCAACAUCCCCAUGGACUUUAGCCCAACUUCUGGAGGGUGCCGAGGAAUUAAGUGCACUGCUGACAUCAACGGGCAGUGCCCCGGGGAGUUGAGGGCCCCAGGUGGGUGCAAUAACCCGUGUACAGUUUUCAAGACCAAUGAAUAUUGCUGCACUCAAGGGCAAGGGACCUGUGGACCAACCAAUUUCUCAAAGUUCUUCAAGGCUAGGUGCCCAGAUGCUUAUAGUUUCCCUCAGGAUGAUCCUACAAGCACAUUUACAUGCCCUGGUGGGACUAAUUAUAGGGUUGUGUUUUGCCCUAAAGGGUCUCCUCGUUUCCCACUUGAGAUGGUUGGAAAUAUAUGGGAGGAGUGAGAGAACCUUUGGGCUUUUGAAUAAGUAUGUAAGGGCUUUGAGAGCUUGGUGAAAAUAAAAUCUGAGUUUCUAUUAA